AUGGCUGAGCCCGCCAUCCUUCAACAUUGUGCACCUGCAACAAUUUUUAAGUGGGAUGAGUGUUCCAAUACAACGUUGAGAUCUUGUGCUCGGGCGGGGUACCGUGGGUUGUUUGCUACAGGCGGGGGCGGAUGGAGCCAAGAUAUUGGCGCCUCGCCAGAUUCUGCGACCGAGGAAGCCGUCAUGGACUGGUUUGUCGAAGAAGUGGCGGACUACGAGCCGAACAACCUCGACACAAGGAAAACGACUCCUGCCGUACAGGCUGGGAGGAAGCUUGGGAAAAGGCAUCUCCAGAUUAUUCUAAAGGCAGUUGGGCGGGAUUGCCUCCGCGGCACAAACACUGCUGACGAGAAGGUGAAAGUUCUUGUCGGGAUUGUACUCCCAGAGGCCGGGCGAAAAGUUGGUUUGACAUCUCACGGCACGCAGGAGCGUGCCAAUCACGACGCUAGCUCCGCCCAACCAGCUUCACGGCAGUCGCAUGCUGCAGCUACUCGUCCAGCCGUUCCUGACGGUGCUGCCAAGAGUGAUAUUGACGUGGCAGCGUUGAUGGAGCGCAUCGCUUCCAUGCGCAUUCGCACGGAAGCAACGCACGAAGAGCUUAAAGCCGGCCUGGAAGCUGCGAAAGAAGAGAACGCCAGGCUUAAAGACGGUUUGGAGGAGGCAAAUGCAAAAAACGCCAAGCUGGAGUCUGCGGUACGCUCACCAUCAAGCAUGCACACGGUCUUGCCGAUGUCUACGUUUGACGCCAGCAUGCUGCAUGCCGCCGCGUUUGGUUUCCAGGUGAAAAUCCUGAACAAAAAGGUGAUGAAAAUUGGGCCGGACUCGGAUAGCUUGGUGCCCAGCGGGGGGGGGCUGGCUUUGAAGCAGCGGCAAGCUGUCACGGAGACAGUGGAUGACUUUCUCGAGAGGGCUCAAGAGAGAGCACCGGCGGCGGACAAUGAUGUGGUGACCCUGGGGCAGCUGGCAGAGGCCGUGGAACUCCUUAAGGACGAGCAUAGCCAGUACAAUGAGCUGCAUCGCGAGCAUGAUGCCAAGCUGGGCCGUUUUCAGAGGGCAGUUGACAGGAUCACCCGCAAAUUGGCGGCUGUGAGUGAUGACCUGGUGCCCCAGGACGAGCUGAGAGAGAUAUUGGCACUCCACGACGAGCUGCUUCGCGAACGUAGUGCUGACAACAGAUAGCUUCAGAGGAUGAGCGCCGACAGCAACGAAACAUAUGGUUGCCUCGUUGUGCCUUCUGCUGCCGGUACCACUGUUCGGCAGCGUGCCGAUGACCCUCCGCGUGCUUUCUACCAACCAUCGAGCCGUGCAUGACCGGAGCUUCGUCCGUUCGGCUGUGUGUGGUUUCGCGACCGGCGUGGCGACGAGGAUUGAUUGAUUGAUUGAUUGAUGCCCACGUCAAGGCAUCGUAGUAGACGAUACUGCCUUGAAUUGUCGCCUUGAAUCGAGCGCCGAGGACCUUCGGGGGAAUGGUGCAGGUCUCUUGGCGACGAGGAGCUGAGAUGUCCAAGGAGAUUGGUUGCUGUGUCUUGUGGCGUAUGCCAUAUCUAGGUCGGUGAUGAACCACCUGCUUUGCAACUAUUUCGCCUGAUGAUAGAGAGGCGAAAAGACGAGUCAUGAACACGCCUCGUUGACUACAGGGCACAAUAGCGUACAACGUCGUCUCACCAACACGGAGUUUGCCUCUUGGGGGAUGCCAUUCGGCUUCCAACCACUUGUGCGUGCAUAUGGAGGGGCUAUCGGGUAUGCUUGGGCUUAACGUGCCCCCGAUACACGUGUCGGCAUUCCCGCUCGUAGUCAUUGCAUCUAGCCCUCCGGUGCUCAUUUAAUUUGUCAUGAUAUCGCAGGCAGAGGGUUGUCGUUCUCUUGAAUAUGUUUGUUGAAACGAACUACAUUUGUUUCACGGUGGGUUGUAAGCUGGUCAGUCCAUGAUUCGCGAGGAAACCAAGUACAACAGAAAAUAACAGCAGCGUCAAUGUAGGGCAGAGGAGGUGGAGGUGUUUGUUCAAGGAAUAUACUGCUGUAGUGUCGCAGUUUCAUGCCUGCGGUGUCGUCUGGUUGAAGGUGAUACAUACAUAUUGUAGGUGGGUGCAUUGGGACGCCCCCGCCCGGGAAGCAGGCGACAAGGCGACAAGGAAGGGUAUGUGCCUUCUCCUCAAGCACGGCGGACUUUGAAUACUCUUCGGUAUGGCCAAUCCAGCAGCAGUGUGGUGACGUGCGAAAUGUAUUUAGGCCCAAUCUCGCACCGCGGGUGAGAACCAUUAUACCUCUGACACACGCAACACCAUGUAGCUUUUUUUCUAUCGGCCAGCUACAGUCCCGGGUAAGGCUGAAAUCCUCU